AUGGAUCUACAAAACAUGCAAAAUCAAAGCAUGCAUUUUGUGUUGUCCACUGAUGCCAAACCAAGGCUAAAGUGGACUCCUGAACUUCACCAACGGUUCAUUGAGGCCACAAAUCAGCUUGGAGGUGCAGAUAAAGCAACUCCAAAGAGUCUUAUGAGGGUGAUGGGGAUUCCAGGACUUACUUUGUACCACCUGAAGAGCCAUUUACAGAAAUAUAGACUUGGGAAAAGCCAACAACUAGAUACCAGCUCUGACAGCAAACAAGAAGAUUACAUAGAAACCAAGAGCAGUGAUGGCCAUUGCAGCAGGGAAAUCAGUCUUGGGCCCCAGAAUCAAAUUACUGAAAACAUGCAGAUAGCUCAGGCCCUCCAAAUGCAAAUGGAAGUACAAAGGAAACUUUAUGAACAAAUUGAGGUGCAGAAACAUUUGCAGCUCAGAAUUGAAGCUCAAGGGAAGUAUUUGCAAUCAGUGCUAAAGAAAGCACAGGAAGCACUUGCUGGAUACAAUUCUGCCCCAGUGGGGAUAGAGCUCACAAAAGCUGAACUUUCCCAGCUUGUCACCAUCAUCAACAAUGCUUGUCCAAGUUCUCCUAUCUCAGAACUAACAGAGACAAGAGGGUUGAGUUUAAGCUGUGGGGACAGGAAAAGAGACAGAGGCACUAUGUGUUCACUGGAAAGUUCCUUAACCUCUUCUGAAAGCUCUGGGAGAAAGGAAGAGAAACAGUCAAUGGAAGAGAUAGAGGAGUUCAAAAGCUCCAAUAAUGCUUCACUUGAAUUGCCGUUGAUGGGCUUUCACACUGAGAAUAAAGCAUCCAACACUGGAUCUAGCAGUGAGGCUAGUGGGAGAAAGAGAAGUGCAGCAACAAAAUCUAAUGAUGGUAGGUAUGUUGUUGAACAACCCUGUGAAAAAAGAAGUGGCAACAAGUUCAGAAAACCAGAAAUGCUUGACUUGAACAGCCAAUGCCAGAUUGACAUGGAUUCAACAACUUCAAAAACAUUAGACUUAAAUUGCAGCUUAAACUUUUGGGAACCAUGAAAAUAGUUUUUACAUACUCCCUAAUAUUAUAUAUAUGUAUGUAUGUAUAAUAUAUGCGGCAAAAUCUGUCAUUAAACAAAUAUGUUAAUAUAGUAUGUAUAUUUUUUAUGAUUAUAAUGAAAAGAAAGAACAAUUUGAUUGUA